UCUCCUUCAGCUGCUCACAGACACUCUUGAACGCUCGCUUUACCGUGUCCCAGAUCCCGUGUCCUCCGUCGCACCGGUCACCAUGCAGCCCUUGCUAGGCAGCCUGCUUCUCAGUGCAGUGGUGGUCCAUGCCACUGUGGUGGAGGACUUCAACCAUGUUGAGCGCUGCAAGGACUCACUAUACAUGGGCACACCACCCCGCGGCAUCAUUUCUACCACGCUGAAGAAGAUCUGCCAGCGCUAUGCUGACAAGCCUCGGUACGCAACGCUGUACGACUCAAAGCAGCGUAUCCCCAUCUACUCAGCUUACACCUUCAAGAAGACAGAGGGGGACCGCCGGGUUGACUACCCCUGGAUGUAUGAGCCGCAGCUCGCAGAAAUUGAUGGGGACGGGAACAUGCAACCCUUCCCGCAGGGAUAUCUCCACAUGAAGUUCGAGGACAGCCAGGCAGUCCUGGAGGACUACUCCAAUGUUGUCAUGUACGAACGUGGCCACCUGAACCCAGACCAGCACCAGUCCGAUCCCCAUGACAGAGCUGCUACCUACACGCUGACCAACGUGGUGCCCCAAGUCCGUGAGUUCAACAUCGGCCCAUGGAGGGAACACGAGGAGCGCAUCCGUAUCCGGCUCAAUAACUACUGCCGCGGGGUGGCCUUCAUCGUCACCGGAGUUACCACGGCAGGACACAUGAUCCGUCGGCAUAACCAGGACCGAGUGGCAAUCCCUGAGGAAAUGUGGUCAGCCUACUGCUGUACCGAGUACGACCGCAAUGCUCCUCAUGAUGUCCGCAUAUUCUUCCCCUCUCACGCAGCCCUGGCCAAGAAUGCCAAGGAACAGAACGCCGUCCAUGAGCUCUCAGUGCAGGACCUAGAGAUCUACCUGAAGAACAAAAUGGCAGUGGACCAGAACCUCCAGAUCUUCUAUGACAAUUGCAUCUCCCCCUCCCCUCUUCCACAGUACCUGCACCACACCAUUUGAGGGAGUGCUCCAAACUGGCCCUUGCAUUGCCCCGAAAUUAGUUUUAAUGCCUUUUGAAGCUCUUCUUCCUCCCUAUUUAGCCAGCAUGAUAUUUUAAACAUUGUUUUGCUUUAGUGUGAUGGAAAUAUCUUACUUUAAAAUUGUCACAUCUCCCAAGCUGUAAACAUGGCAUGACUUUGGUGCAGAAAAGAAUUAAAACUUUUUUCUUUUCCGGAAUAAUAGUUUAUAACAAGUUACCUGUAUCCAGAUAUAGAUGUAAGGCCACAAUGUAUGUCUAGAAUACAAAUGAUGUGAUGUCAUCAACAAGACAAUGUGCCAGUAAA